CUCAAAUUUAAAAAACCAAACAAACAAACAAACCAAAACAAAACAUUGAUAUUUAAAAUGAUCGUAUAAUCAAAUAAAUAAAGAGAGUAAAGGAAUAUGUUGAAGGAUUUAUAUAAAUUGAAUCAUAAAUCUGUAUAAAAAACGUAUAUAGAUACAUAUAUGUCAUGUUAGAUGAUUUGAUAAUUGAUCAACAUCAAAUUCAAUUGAAUACAGUCGAUGUAAUUCCUUCAUCAUUAUCAUCGUCGUCGUCGUCAUCAUCAUCAUCAUUGUCACCCUCAUCAACAUCAUCGUAUACCAUUUCAUCGGCAGAGAUUUGGGCACUUGUAUUAACAUUUUUAUAUUAUAUAUCAAUGAUAUGUUUAGGUAUAUUUUGUUGGUUAAAUGCUAAACGUAAAUAUAAAAAUCGUCAAAAAUCUAAUGAUAUAACAUCAUGGUCACGUUUUCAUAUUAGUCCAAAUCAAUUACAUAUUAAAUAUACAGAUAAUGAUGAUGAUUCUAUGGCAAAUUAAUUAACAGUAUUAAUAAUGGGAUGAUGCCGCCGCCAGUCUAAGAGCAGUGGAUUAUCGAUCGGACUAAAAGAUGCAUAAAAAAACCUGUACGAUUUCUCUUUUUUUUUGUAUUUUUUUUCGGGGGUGGGGGAUUUUAUGGUACCAUACCCUACUGUUUAUCUCCCCCCCUCCUUUUUUGUAAAUGGAUCAUUAUAAUAUUCAAUAAUUAUCUUGUAUAGAUAAUCACCCCCCCUUUCUAUAUUUCUAUAUGGGUUGUUUCUAAUUUAACUCGAAACAAAUCAAGGUUUUAUUGUUUUAAUGUUAACUUGUAUAUUAUAUACAUUGGAGAUAUAUGUGUGUAUACUACUUUAAACGUCAUAGUCAUUUUUAUAUUUUUAAAAUAAAUUAUUAAAUAAUAAUUAUAAAUCGAUGAUUGAAAGAAUCAUUUGGGCGGAGAUAAUUUUGUU